AUGCUUUGCAGAUUUCUCAACCUCCACGAGCUGUGGGAACCACGAAUGCUGGUCACUGGACGGUACACCCUUAAGAAAGAGUUCCACCCUCUGUGCAGCGCAGACAAGUUCCGAGGACAAGACUUUGAGGUAGUAGAACCCGCUCUACGACUCCUCUCGCACUUGCUUCAUACUGACAUUGUGAUAGCCGCAUUCCAUGCAAUACUUUACGCAGACGUCCAGGGUCUCGAUGAUCUUGAUGCGAACAACCCCGGCGGGUACAUAGACUUCCGAGAGCAGAUCGAGCCACGGGAACGUGAGCGGACCAGGUCAGCUCUCGUGGAAGCUGCUCAGUAUCUGCAGAUCAUAGAAUUAGGGACCGCUGCUUUCACUUACGCGGAAGUCGCCAUCUCCCAGAAGACCUCCCUAGUACAGCCGUCAGAAGUCUUCUCACCGCGUGGCAUCCCGCAAGAUCUGGCGGAGAUAUGGUCAGUGCCGGCAGAAGAGACUUCACAUUACUCUUUGUCAGGCAACAGCAAGGAAGACAGACUGCUCUCCGGAGCUCGAGCCACAAUCUCAUACUCCAAGUUCCUGUUCGACGAUAUGCAUGAGUACUACAAGUCGUGCGGAGGAGAUCUCCAGCGACUGAGGUGGGUACUACCAUGGCUCAGCUUCGCAUCGACCUUGUUACACGAGCUUGGACAUGCUCUUUUCAGAAUGCGACCGAAGCCCACUGGAGUCGUUGAAGAACCUGCGAUUGCACCCGCUACUGUGAGUGAGAUCGGCUUCUCGCUCGAGCACAUCGCUUGGGAUGGCGUCCUCGAUUGUUGCAAUCCAGAAGGGUCAUUUGUGAUGACGGAGUGGCCAUCCCCUGGCCUUAAUGCGACUUACAAUCAUAUGGGCACGAGCAGAGCCGCUUCUGGCGCCGGUAUUAUUGAUCGAACCUGGUAUCUGCCAUUGGCAUGGGCCCAGCUCCUUUUCCACGAUGAUUUCUGGACCUCUGAUGGACCAAGGCUGGGAGUGCAAGCAUUGCGAGCACCUCGGAUUAGUGGUUAUGCUGAUAUCGUGGAGCCUUGCACCUGCCGGCUUGAGGAGAAGGAGAGAGCGCCAGAGCUAGACGGUGAGGCGAUCGCGAUGUGUAAGUCAACUUAUAGAGUCGUCGAAGAUCCCGCCUGCAAGAUAGGACAAUGGGACUAUCACCCGGACAGACGUCGAAGCCUUUCUCUAGGCAUCAGGACCACCGAUGUGGCGCCCGAAGGGUAUCUGAUGCUCUGGGACGGUACAUUAGUGGCAUGUCAAUACAAGACAAAAGUUGAGAGGGCUAUAGCGGAGUGCACUCGCAUACCCACCUUUUUCAAGCGGUAUUGGAUAGAUGCUAUGUGA